AGUCAAGACGCUCUGACCAUAACAGUGGAGAACGCAGCAACACCUUCCCUGCCUCUUACCUCUACUCAAGAUCACAUCUCUUAUCGUUCACCGAACUAUCGCCCGGUUUCACGCAGCAGCUACCCGCCUCAGAGCAUAUCGUUCUCCACUUUUGUCCCAUACUCACCUGCCACAUACCUGGACUCGCCAGACUCAGGCAAAUGGCUAUUGAAAGUACCCUACACACCAACUCGGCGCCACACACUGUCACUGCGACAUUGCAGUAUUUCACUCCGCCCGCGGACGGUUCUAAACCUUGGAUCUCAGCCACGGAAAGAGUACCGGGAACACUGCAAUCAGCAUCGAACUGGAAACACAAGGCUCAUGUUGUCGAGAUCGAGGAUAUUCGUGGGAGGGAGACAGACUUGGAGGAGAUAUCCUUGGACAAAACGGGCUUUCAAUAUUUCAAGAGAAAAACUGAAUUCGAUUUUGGAGGUAAGGGCGGGGCGGCGAGCGAUGAAGCAAUCGAGAAAGCCUACUAUCCGGAGAGCAUUCAGCUCAUCAAGGACUACACGGGCGCGAGUAGAGUCGUACUUUUCGAUCACACCAUCCGUCGUAACCGUCCCGGCGACACCGAUGAAUCUCCCUCGAACCGACACCCCGUUUCCCAAGUGCACGUAGACCAGACUACCGCGGCCGCCGUCGCUCGAGUCCAUCGCCAUCUCCCCGCCUCCGAUGCGCCGGAGUUGCUCAAGAAGCGAUUUCAGAUCAUUAACCUAUGGCGCCCAAUCAACCAUCCCGCGCUCGACUGGCCUCUUGCUCUCUGCGACUGUCGCUCCGUCGACCUAUCGCGAGAUCUCGUACCUAUGACUCUGCGCUACCCCGAUCGCGACGGCGAAGUCAGCGCAGUCAAGUUCAGUCCUGAGCAUAGAUGGAAAUAUAUCAGAGGUUUGACUCCGGAGGAGGGGGUGUUGAUCAAGUGCUUUGAUUCGCAACAAGACGGCAGUGUCGCGAUUCUCACACCACACACUGCCUUUGAGGACCCGACGACGCCGCCGGAUGCGCCGUUGAGAGAAUCUAUCGAGUUGCGAGCGUUGGUGUUCUACGAUUGAUUGAGUGUGCGUCCUGAGGGGACCCACUAGGACGGCUGAGAGGGACUUGAGACGUAUCAGAUAGACGGAGAAGGUUGGAGGAAGGUGCCGCCCAUGUAGUGGCAUGAUCUACAAUAGUUGAUCAUCGUCCUGGAACUGUACUGUAUCGAGUGAUCUCUUCCAUUCUCUUCUUAUAUGGGAUCGGUACAUGAUGUCUUUUCAUG